GUCUGGCCAAAAAGAAAGAGUGAAAGGCAAAAGGAAAACUUCUACAAAGGAGAAGAAAAGACUUGCGCUUGUCUGAGAACUGAGAUCUAUCUUCUGAUGAUUUGAUUUGAAAACCAACGGAGGUGAGGCUGAAACGGGAGUUAGACUUGCCUACAAUUGGCCCCCCACUUUUGUACUUAAUUUCUUAAAUUGCCACUCGUUUAGUUCUUUUCUGAGCCCUGAACUCAACUGGGUAUGGAAUUAAUUUCUGAAAUUGCCUACACUUUCAUCCCUCUCUCUCGAGCGUCACUGUUUUCUUAUGCUUCUGAACAAACAUCAAUUCGAGAGUUGAACUACAGAAGCCAAUGGCAGCAACAGAAGCAAAGAAGAUCAUCAUAGACACUGAUCCCGGCAUUGAUGAUGCCAUGGCAAUAUUUCUGGCACUCAGGUCUCCAGAAGUGGAGGUCAUCGGCCUUACUACUAUUUACGGCAAUGUCUACACCACUUUGGCCACUAGAAACGCCUUGCAUUUGUUAGAGGUUGCAGGCAGGACUGAUAUCCCUGUGGCGGAAGGAUCCCAUGUUACUAUCACUAAAGGUACAAAACUCCGUAUUGCUGAUUUUGUCCAUGGUGCGGAUGGACUUGGGAACCAAAAUUUCCCUCCACCAAAGGGAAAGCCUAUUGACAUGUCAGCUUCCGCUUUUCUUGUUGAGCAAGCAAACCGUUAUCCUGGGAAGGUCACUGUGGUGGCAUUGGGUCCCCUAACAAAUAUUGCACUGGCUAUUGAACUAGAUCCAUCAUUUGCUAAAAACAUCGGGCAAAUUGUUCUUCUUGGUGGUGCUUUUGCAGUAAAUGGCAAUGUGAAUCCAGCAGCAGAGGCCAAUAUCUUUGGCGACCCAGAUGCUGCAGAUAUUGUGUUCACUAGUGGUGCAGAUGUGUUGGCCGUGGGGAUAAAUGUUACUCAUCAAGUUGUUUUGACUGAUGCUGACCGAGACAAAUUGGCUAGUUCAACGGGAAAAUUUGCUCAGUACUUGUGCAAGAUUUUAGGGGUAUACUUCAGUUAUCAUCAUGAUGCAUACGGCACAAAAGGUGUGUACCUUCAUGAUCCAACAGCCAUGCUUGCAGCGAUUAAUCCAUCACUUAUCACUCACAUGGAGGGUGCUGUGAGAGUUCAAACAACUGGCAUCACAAGAGGACUAACAAUAUUAUACAACAAGAAGAAGAGGUUUGCUGAAAUUACCGAGUGGUCUGAUCAACCAAUGGUGAAGGUGGCGGUCACAGUUGAUGCUCCUGCUGUUGUCAAAUUGGUUAUGGAGAGGCUGAUGGACUAGUAGUUUGUGAAGCUGAUGAUGAGAAGGGUUGUGUAUCACUUGGCUAGAUAUAGCUCCAAAGAAAUGGGUGUGACCCAUGUGAAUGACUUUUUAAAACGUAAAGCUGUGUCAGUGAUUUGUCUAAUGGAAUAUAUGCUGUUGUUAUUCCAUACAUCAAUAAAAGGCUAAUGGCUUCAUUUUCAAGUAA